GGUCUUUGUUCGAGGAGAGAGAGCUUAUCUUACCAGAAUCGAGCUGAAGUGAGUGGUGGUCUGUAAACUCGAGCUGUGAGAGUGCUGAGACUGUUUGGUUGAUAUCUCGAGUUAUACCAAUCCAAUUAAGGCGUGUGAGAUACCCAAAGAAAGCUCUCAAGACGAGGAAUCUGUGAAGGUCUGGUUUGCAUCAAUCGGAGUAGUGGAAGGCUUCCAAAUCGUCCGAGCAAAACACAACCUCGCAGAAACUGAUCUACUUUUCUAAAGUUAGAUACUAACCUAGAGCAAAUCUUGGGAAACUAGGAAACGAGUUAACCGGAAAACACCCAUUCUAGGGGCUGUUUUCGUAUCAACGAUUAAGGGUUGAACUAGCACUUUGAGGAGGCUGUUUAACACUCAUAUUUGAGCAAGGAAUCAGUUCCAAACCCACCUUGACCAAAGCUUUGACAAUUGGACCAAGAAGGGAAAGUUUAAAGCUCAAUUGAGGUGAGGAUUGACAUCUAAUUGCUUACAACUUGUAGGUUAAGCAUGAGAUUACCUAAAUGCUUAAAUCAUUAUUUUUCAUGGAUUAUGAUGAUCAUAUAUUGAUGAAAUAUUGAUAUAGUUGCCAAAGAAUGAAAUUUGAAAUGAUUUGAGAAUGUAUGAAUAAUAUGAGAUUUGAUGAGUAUAAAUGAACUAUUUUUGCGAAAUAGGUAUUUUGCUCAUGUAUGAAGUAUUUGGAUACAUAAAUGAAUAUUUGUGUAUUGAGAUUGAAUACUUAAGUUGCUGCUACAUAAUUAUAAUUAUGUAGAGAAUUACAAAUAAAGAGGAUAGUGGUAUGAUAACAAUAAUCUUAAUAGUAUUGAAAUACUAGUUAGUGAUUAUUGGAACUUGUUGAUUGAAUUGAUCCUAGGGAUUGGAUUGUAUGAAAGGUACUUGAAUAUAGUUCAAGUGUAUAUAAUAACUUAGUAUGGAACUAAGGUUAAGUUAUGGGAAGUCUUUAAGGAUGACCCAUGGCAGUUUAAUGAUAUGUCAAUUCUAGGCAUAGGGUUGCUUGAGAAUUGGACCUUAAUGCAUGGUGAUGUAGUAGAGCCGAGCUCUAGAAUGCAUGUAAGGUGUAGACUUGUAGUCUACGUAUUGUAUAGCUAGAGCCGAGCUCUAGGGCUUGCGUGGUGAUGUAAUAGAGUCGAGCUCUAGAACGCAAGGUAAGGAAUUGACCCGAGUGACAUGAAUUGUAUGGUGAUGUAGUAGAGCCGAGCUCUAGAAUACAAUGUCAUGUGUUAGGGUUGGACUCUAUUGAGUAUCGUGGUUUGUAGCCACGGGAAAUGGGAAUGGUGAUUUCUAAAUGAACAUGGGCCCACGGGCCGACUACUUGACUUUUACCUAAAGUAAGUAUAUUUUCAAAUGGGUAACUUAGGGUUACAAUCAUAAUAUACUAUCACCCUAUUUGAGGGUCUUGUGCUUGAAAUACUUGUUGUAUAUCUAUUAGAUGCCUGCCACACCAGUACUUUAUAGUCGUAUAGAGUACUGACCCCUUCGGGGGCGUCCCACCACCAUUUCAGGUUGAGGCUAGAGCUUGCUUCCUGUGCUCGUUGCCCGAGUGAUUUCCCCGGAGAGAAGACUUGGUUCGUGCUUCCUCCAUUCAGUUUUAGAACAUUAAUAAACAUGCUCAUGGAUAUUUUACUUUAGAGCCUGCGUGCUCAUGUUCGCCCUGUGUGGCCCUUUGUCUUAAACAAUGUUUUCCGCUACGUAUUGAAUUACUUAUUAUGUAUGUUUAUGGAUGACUUUUGUGUGAAUGAUAUUCAUGACGCCUUGUAUAAUAUGAAUGUGUUGGACUGCGGUUGACUAUUCGUAUUGUACGGCGGGUUGUUGACGUGUCCGGGGAGGUCCGGGGCGUGACAAUUAAGUUGGUAUCAGAGCCUUAGUCCAUAAACUUCAUAAUGAAGUCUCAAAAUUCUCUUUUUGAAAAGAUUUUGAAAACCAUGAGCAUAGAAGUUUUGUACUUGGAGUGCUUUUGGUACUUGGGUCGCAAGGUCUCUAAUUGUUAAGAUGGUACCCUUAGCAAUUGGUAUGGCGGUGACUCGAGCCAAAAUGUGUCUUAAGUACCUAUCCGUCAAUUGACAUUUGAUACGAGUCUAACGACUCUUUCCAAAUUUCUUUCAGAAAUGGACCGUGGUGGCAGGAUUACUAGGAGGAACCCGACGGGCCGUGUACCAGUGGAGACUGGACAGGGCAGUCGAAGGACCUCUAGGGCAUCUAGAGGAGCUGGCCGUGGAGGCCGAUCACAGACCGUGAGUGACGGUCAUGUUGACACAGAAAGUGAGACCUACUGGUCCUAUGAGGACUCGACUUACCAACCGGAGACAGAGCCGGUUGAGACCCCUUAUGAAGGGGAUGAUGACGAUGUAAGUGAUGAGGAGGGAAAUGGCUCCUUAGCACGGAUCGAAGCACUACUCCAACAAUACCACCGGGAGCGUGAAGAGAGGAGGCAACGCCGAAGACGCCGAGUGGGGCAACCUUCGGGCAUGGCUUCAAGAGGAGGGAGUCAUGGUGCAUCUAGAGUCCAUGUGGAACCACAUGGAGGCCAAAGUGAUGGAGGUCCAACCAUAAGGAUCUCCAAAUUUAUCAAAGAAGCAAGAGAUUUGGGGUGCAAACCCUUUGAUGGAGCAGGGGACAUUUCAGUCGCAGCACAAUGGAUCAAGAGGCUAAAUGAAGCAGCCCUUGACAUGCAAAUCGCGCCGAAUCUCAAACUGAGAAUUGCGGUAAGAUUGCUCGAGGGGAUGGCAUCCAAGUGGUGGGAUGGAACCAAGAGCAAGUACGGUGAGACCGUCGUUUGGGAGGACUUCCAACGGGAGUUCUUUGCCCAAUAUUAUUCUGAUUUUGAAGUGAACAAGAAGGUGAGGGAAUACACCCUCCUAACCCAAGGGGGUAACAUGACAGUGAAGGAACUUGAGUACAAGUUCCGGGAUCUCGCCGACUACAUACCGGAGUAUGCUUGUGACGAGAACCGAAUGGUAAACCACUUUUGGGAUGCUCUUGACUUGGAGAUACGUGAUAGGGCAACACAAUUGCCUAAUAUGACCUUCGCCCAAGUGGUUGACCAAGCGUUGAAGGGGGAGAAACAGUGGGAGGAGAGGAAGAAGAGAGACGCCGAGGAGGCGAAAAAGAGAAAAUGGGAGAGUCAUGGCUCCCAAGGUUCCAACAAAAAGGGGAACCAUGGAGGAGGAUCUUUCCGGGCACCGCCGCCACCGUCUAGGGGGAACCAAGGCCCGAGUGGGCAAGGCUCGAGGUCACAAACCUCGGUGGUAACUCGUUGCAACAAUUGCAAGAGGAACCACUCCGGUAAAUGUCGCGACCCCCCUAGAUGUUUUCAAUGUGGGGAUGCCGGGCAUUUGAAGGCGCAUUGCCCACAAUUGGGUGGGGCAAGGACAUCGGGACCGAGCAGUGGCCCGACGGGUACACGGAAUCAAACCGGAGCUUCUCAAGCGAGCCGGGGACAUGGGGGAGCGAGUACGAGCAACGCGCCAUCUGUGAAUCAAGGAAGAACUCAAGCUAGAGUUUAUGCGAUGACGGAGGCAGAUGCUCGAGCUAACCCGGACUCGGUUGCAGGUAUUGCCUCUUGCACAAUUGUAUUUUGUCCAUAUUUAACCCAUAAAUUGAUGACAUAAGUCAUAGGGAUUGAGUGCGAGUCAUUACGGGGUCAAACGGCAAAAUUCGGGCCAAAACUGACCAAAAACAGGGACGCACGAUCGUGCGUCCAACCCCACGCACG